AUGGGAGUCCCAGCCUUCUUCAGAUGGUUAUCACGUAAAUACCCGACUAUCGUCGUCAAUGCUGUUGAACAAGGAACGUCAAUUGAUGGUACUAAGAUCCCAGUCGAUGCUACGCAGCCAAAUCCGAAUUAUCAGGUAUGAAUUUUAAAAAUUUAAUUCUUCAUUUUAAAGUUUAUGUUAGUAUUGGAUAUUUUUAUAAAUAACGUUGCUGUAACCUAUUGUUUAUUUUUUAAAUCAAAAAUCCUCAUUUUAGGAGUUUGACAAUUUGUACCUGGACAUGAACGGUAUUAUCCACCCUUGUACACAUCCAGAAGAUCGUCCUGCUCCGAAGAAUGAAGAGGAGAUGUUUGUGUUGAUCUUUGAGUACAUUGAUCGUUUGUUUGCCAUCGUAAGGCCACGCAAAGUGUUGUACAUGGCCAUUGAUGGUGUGGCUCCAAGAGCGAAGAUGAACCAGCAACGAUCACGUCGAUUCAGAGCGUCGAAGGAAGCGGCAGAGAAGGAGGAGGAGAUCUCCAACAUCAGGAACAAGCUCAAGGAGGAAGGAAUCCCCUUACCUCCAGAAAAGCCGAAGGAAGAGAAGUUUGACUCUAACUGUAUUACUCCUGGAACCCCAUUCAUGGCCAGACUGGCUGUAGCUCUUCGUUACUACGUCCAUCUGAGAGUGACCAACGACCCUGCCUGGAUGAACUUGAAGGUUAUCCUCUCAGAUGCCAACGUCCCAGGAGAAGGCGAGCACAAGAUCAUGGAUUACAUCCGACGUCAACGUGCCUCUCCAGGUCACGACUCCAACACCGUCCAUUGUCUGUGCGGAGCUGAUGCCGAUCUUAUCAUGUUGGGUCUGGCGACUCAUGAAGUCAACUUCAACAUCCUUAGGGAGGAGUUCGUGCCAAAUCAGCCACGUCCAUGUGAACUAUGUCAUGGUUAUGGUCACGAACUGAAGAAUUGUCAAGGAAUGUUGUCACUUCCGAACAAGGACGACGAACCUGUCGUUAAGCAUACCAACUUUAUAUUUAUACGACUGCCGGUGUUGAGAGAAUACCUGGCCAGGGAUCUGGAGAUACCCGGACUACCGUUUGAGUACGAUCUGGAGCGAGCUAUUGAUGAUUGGGUACGUUUUAAAAGUUUUUAAAUUUUUUGUUAUUUUAUGAUUAUUUUAAAGGUUUUGAUAGUAAUUUAGGUAUUAUCUUAAGGAUUAAAUGAUGAUUUAAUUAAAAAAAGUAGGUAUCAAUGUCAAACUUUAGGUAUUCAUGUGUUUCUUCGUGGGAAACGAUUUCCUUCCUCAUCUGCCAUCACUCGAGAUCCGUGAAGGCGCUAUUGAUCGUCUGAUCAGAUUGUACAAAGACAUGGUAGUACAACAGAAGGGGUGGUUGACAGAGAACGGUGAGGUGUUCACAGACAGAGUCGAGAUCAUGAUGAAGCAGUUGGGCAAGGCGGAGGACGACAUCUUCAGAAACCGUCAAGAAAACGAACUUCGAUUCAAAGCCAAUCAGAAGCGGAGACGGCUACAGGAGAAGAGUCGGCAGAAGCCGGCUUUUCUGCCGCAAUCUCGCUCCAUCAUUGCACCAGUUGCACCAACCGAGAAGAUGGAGUACGUCAGUGGAGCUGACGCUAAAGCUCAGAUGGCGGACCAGAGAAGGGCCGCUAUGAAGCACGAAGAAGCCGAACGAGGCUUGGCCGCUUUGCUGAGACCGGUAAAGAGAAAGGACGACGACCCGGACCUGCCAGAGCCUCCGGCUAAAGUAAGUACACUCGCGGCACUCGACCCUGUGGUUGUGGUGAUGGUUGAUGGGACGUGGAUUAACACUUUUUCAGUUUCUCAGUUUGCACGUUUUCAGUUUACACUUUCAGCUUUUCACACUUUGUGUUUGUCGUGUUUUUCGUUUGUGUGUUGCACUUUAACCUUGAUAUAACUCUACUAUUUGCUGUACUUUUUAUGUUUUUAAAUCUAUACCUUUCUUUGCUCUGCUAAAUCAAAUUAAAUCAUAUUUUUAUCAAUAUUAACAUUGACAAAAACUUGAAAACUCUAUGUGCUUCUUUUCGUCCCAAAACGUUUGGCACAGUCUCGUCGACCAGUUACAUGCCUACAGGGCGAGGCCGUCGACCACCGCUCAACUAAUUUAUCCUCUUAAUUUUAGUCAUUUAAGGCUACUGCUGAAGACACCGUGAAGGACGGUGAGUGGAGGGAAAUCAAACGGAAGGCUCAGGAUUCGGAUGACGAGCAGGAGCCCGAGGACAACAUCAGGUUGUGGGAGGAGGGCUGGAAGGACAGGUAUUACAGACAGAAGUUCGGAGUCAGCGAGACCGACGUCACCUUCAGAAGAACGGUCGCCUGGGCUUACACCGAGGGCUUGUGCUGGGUGUUGAAGUACUAUUAUCAGGUGGGUAUGGGGAGAGUAGAUUGUAGUAUGUCUAGAUAUAAAAAAAGCGUUUUAUAACAUGCUUGUGUUGGAGUAGGUUAAGUAUGAUUUUAGGCAAUAAAAAUCACUUUUUAAUGCUUUACCUUCAAUUUCAGGGCUGCGCAAGCUGGAACUGGUACUUCCCGUACCAUUAUGCUCCGUUCGCUUCGGACUUUGACAAUAUCUCCGAGUUCAAACCCGACUUCAACAAGCCCACCACCCCCUUCAACCCCCUGGAACAGCUGAUGGGAGUAUUCCCGGCCGCUUCCGGAGCUCACAUCCCAGAAUGCUGGAGGAAGCUGAUGACCAACAAGGACUCUCCCAUCGUCGACUUUUACCCUCGCGAUUUCCAGAUCGAUCUGAACGGAAAGAAGUUUGCUUGGCAAGGAGUGGCAUUGUUGCCUUUUGUGGAUGAAAAGUUGUUGUUGGAGACACUUAAAGAUGUAAGUUGAAUUUGAAAUUGUUUUUAACCUUAUUACCUAAAUUGAUGUUAAUAUCAGUAUCCAAAAUGUGAUUUCAUAGCCUACUUUGACCUCUAUCUAACUUUAGUUCUACCACGAGUUGUCGGAAGAGGAAAAGGCCCGGAACUUGAGGGGUGCCGACCGGUUGUUCAUAGGUGCCAGACAUCAGAUCUACGGAUUCUUGAAAACGAUAUUCGAAGAAGGCAAAGAAGGUGUACAAGAGGACAAAUGGGUGGCCAUAGACAACACAUUAACUGAAGGCAUGUCAGGUGAAGUCAAGUACGAUCCAACAGCAGUGGCACCAGGAGCAGUCUAUGAAACUCAGUUUAACUGCGACGAUUACGUUGACAUCAAGGUAAGUUCUUAAUUUAGAAUUUUUAAAUUUUUAGCACUUUUUAAAGGUUUUUUGAAAUGUCAGAAAUUUCAAAGAUUACGGUGAUGACAAAAUAUAUAGCUAUAAACAUAAGCAACGUUGCAGGUGAACAACUGUUUGAUGGUAGCGUACAGAGACCCACAGUUCCCACCCGGCUUCAUCUUCCCGGCUACACGUUUGGCUGGUGCCGAGACUCCGGAAGCCACCCUGAAACCAGGAGACUGGAAUCCACGACGACAAGGAGAAUAUCGACCGAACACUGGAUUCACCAGAAAUCGACCACAAGCCCAACUCGGCGACGCUGGCCACCGUAUGGCGCGCAACGAGAUGCGCGACAACAGGGUCAGUAGCAGUAGCGAAUAAACACUGAUCUUUCUUGUCUUCUGAUGUCUGUCUUCUGGAUUCUAUUUCUUUUAGAUCUUCUUCAGAAUCUUGUCUUAUGCCUUACUUCGAGAUUUUGAUUUUUAUUGGUUUUUUUCUGUCUAUUCUGAUUCCUUUGUCAAACUUUAUUCUUUCGUGUCGCGGUCUGUCCAUCAUUUUUCUCCACCCACAUUCGUCUUCUGAAUUGAAAACCACGGUAUUGAUUUUUGAUGAUUUCAGCAGAACCGCCCUUACCAACGACAAGAAGACAACUACAACAAAGGUCCUCGUCACAACAACAACAACAACCGUUACGACAACCGAAAUCCUCGACAACAGUACGGUCAGCCACCAAACGCGUGGGCCCAAGGCCCUCCACCCCCAGCCCCCUACCAUCAUCGUGGCCCGCCCCCACCACAGCCGCUGAGUUUCAGCCAGCAGGCCAUCUACGGCGCGGCCAACUACUUCCCACCCGCCCCUCAGCCACCACAAUUCAACCAGCCUCAGGGCUACGUGGCCUCCUUCAACCAGCCACCCCCUCAACGGCCACACAAGAGAGGCGGCCCACCCCCAGGCAAUCCAGCCAACAUUUACGGACAGUCUAGUCAUCAGCCCUACGGAGGCUACAACGGCUUCUUUGGCUAG